AUGGGAUCGGUACAUCAAGUCCACGGCAACGUCUCCGAGGCAUUAUGGAGCGCCAACACCCAUGAGAAAGCCACUGCGCUGCUCAAGCAACUCGAUGGCCAACCCCUGACUUUGCAACAUUUCACCAAGAACGAUUUCACGACAACAGAAGCAUCAAAACACAUUGACUCGUUCGAGCCAAAAUCUGGAAAGCUCAUAGCGAAAGUGCCCUGUGCAUCGGCCGAAGAGGUCGACGCCGCAGUCAGCGCCGCUAAGGCGGCCUUCCCAGCAUGGAGCAAGACACCCCGGACCGAACGAUCGAGGUACCUGCGGCAGAUCAGCGAGAUCAUCGCUGAGAACCGCGAGCUAUUUGCAGUGUGGGAGAGCAUUGACCAGGGCAAGACGCUGGAGCGCGCACGGGUCGAGGUGGACCGGGCUGUGUCCAACUUCGCCUACUUCUCGACCUUCAUCCUGCACGAGUCUACAUCCGCCCGCAUGGUGGAUGGCGUGGCGCUGACCUACGAGCACCGCAGCCCCGCGGGCGUCUUCGCCCUCAUCUCGCCCUGGAACAUGCCGCUGUACCUGCUCACGUGGAAGAUCGCGCCGUGCCUGGCCUUUGGCUGCACCGCCGUCGCGAAGCCCAGCGAGGUCACCAGCGUGAGCGCGUUCCUGCUCGCGUCUGUGUUCCAGCGCGUCGGCCUGCCCUCGGGCGUCGUCAAUGUCAUCUUCGGCGACGGCGCGACCACUGGCUCGGCCUUGGUGGCGCAUCCGGGAAUCCACGGAGUGAGCUUCACGGGCGGCACUGCGACGGGCAUUGCGAUCCGGAGGGCAACGGUGCACCAGAUUUACAAGCAUGUUAGUCUAGAGCUGGGAGGGAAGAACCCGACGUUGGUGUUCGCAGACUCGUUGCUCGCGAACAAAGAGAAGACAAUCCGGACGGCCGCGAUGGCCGCGUUCGAGAACCAGGGCGAGAUAUGUUUGUGUGGGUCGAGGAUAUACGUCGAGAAGAGCGCGUACGAUGGAUUCGUUGCAGCGUUCACAGAGUACGUGACCAAGACGUAUCGUGUGGGCGAGACGGUCGGCGCGGUGGUCAGCUCGCAGCACUACGCCAAGAUCAGGAGCUAUCUCGAGGUCGCGCAGAAGCAGGGAAUGACGUUCAACACCGGAGAGCUGCCGCCAGAAAUACGAGCCGGCGAGGAGAAGGGUUACUGGAUCAAGCCGACGAUCCUCACAGAUGUCCCCACCGACUCGGAGUUGCUCCGAGACGAAAUAUUCGGACCGGUGGUCACGAUCGUGCCGUUCGAGGACGAGGAGGAUGCCGUACGGCUGGCGAAUGCGAGCGAGUACGGUCUUGCAGCAGUGUUGUUGACCACCGACGGAGGCCGGAUGAGGAGGGUCGGCGAGCAGCUGCAGGCAGGCAUGGUGUGGGUGAAUUGCUGGCUGGUCAGGGAGCUGGGAACGCCUUUCGGCGGCAUGAAGAAUUCCGGCACGGGCAGGGAAGGAGGAGAAUACUCAAGGGAUGUUUUCACUGUUGCUAGAACGGUGCAUCUUGCCACUAUCUGA